UCCCGCAAUCAGGCUGACCUCCAUAUCCGUCAAGUUCUCCAGAGGUUGCUUGAAAACAAGCUUUUUGUCAAGGCUGAGAAGUGUGAGUUCCACACCAGCCCCGUGACUUUGCUGGGCGACAGACCCAGAGAAAAUAAGAGCUGUGGCUGAGUGGCCCAAGCCAAUCACCUGUAAGCAACUUCAACAGUUUGUGGGUUUCACCAACUUUUACCGCCGAUUCAUCUGCAACUACACCAGGGUUGCAGCACUCCUAACCAAACUCACCUCUCGUUGGCUCUGUACAUCUGGAUCCCGGAAGCAGACCUUGCAUUCACCAGGCUCAAGGACCUUUUUUCUUCAUCACCCAUCCUCACUCAACCUGACUCCUCCCGGCAGUUCAUUGGUGAAGUGGAUGCAUCGGACACUGGAGUGGGGGCGGUGCUCUCUCAGCGUUCCAGCACAGACCAAAAACUCCAUCCCUGUGCUUUCUUGUCCCGUCGACUUACUCCAGCUGAACGCAAUUACGAUGUGGGUAACACAGAGCUGUUCUCGGUCAAGCUGGCACUUGAGAAAUGGAGACACUGGUUAGAUGGGUCAGAGUUGCCAUUAACCGCACACUGGACCUACUGAAGAGGCGCUUCUGGUGGCCCACCAUGGAGGCUGACACCUGCGCUUUUGUGGCUGCCUGCACGAUCUGCACCCGGGGAAAGUCUUCUCAUCAUCCUCCUGCUGGGCUGCUAUGUCCUCAGCCUGGUCCCAGCCACCCGUGGUCCCACAUAGCCCUGGACUUUGUGACCGGCCUACCUCUGUCCCAAGGUAACAGUCAUUCUAACUGUAGUUGACCAUUUUUCUAAGGCUGCACUUUGUGGCUCUUCCCAAGCUUCCCACAGCCCGUGAGACACCCAACGUCAUGUUCGACCAGGUUUUCCGCCUGCAUGGCAUACCCCUCAACAUCAAGUUUGGAAAGCCUUCUGUCAAGCUCUGGGCGCCACAGUAAGCCUCUCAUCAGGCUUUCACCCCCAAACCAAUGGCCAAACGGAGAGGGCUAACCAAGACCUAGAGGCCACUAGCUGCGCUGUGGCGCCACCAAUCCCAAAUCCUGGAGUUCCCAUGUGACCUGGGUGGAAUACUUGCACAACGCGCUAACUAGUGCAGCCACAGGUUUGUCACCUUUUGAAGCCUCUUUAGGUUAUCUACCCCCUCUGUUUCCAGCACAGGAGAGUGCCCUCAGUUCAACAUCAACUGCGCCCUGUCAGAAGAUCUGGCGGGAGACCGAUGCUGCCCUACUCCGUUCCGCUGCCCUGCCACCGCCAUGAAUACGUGCCAGGUGUGGUGCGGACGGCUCUACCUGACAUGGACCGGGAGGUGCGGGAACGUUACCUGCUGGUCGUCCAGGCCAAAGACAUGAUUGGUCAGAUGGGAGGUCUCUCGGGAACCACCUCCGUCACGGUAAUGCUGACGGACAUCAAUGACAACCCGCCUCGCUUCCCCCGCAAGAGCUACCAGUUCAGUGUUCCAGAGUCUGUACUGGUUUCAGCUGUGGUCGCUAAGAUCAAAGCUCUGGAUCUGGAUGUUGGUCCAAACGCUGAGAUGGACUACAGGAUCCUGGAUGGAGACGGACUAGGAACUUUCCGGAUCAUCACCGAUCCAAACACACAGGAAGGACUGGUCACUCUACAGAAGACUCUGGAUUUUGAGACCAAGUCGAGCUACAUGUUGCGCAUUGAGGCGUCCAAUCGUUACGUGGACACUCGUUUCCUGUCGACGGGUCCAUUCAGUGACGUGGCGACGGUUCGUUUGCUGGUGGAGAACGUGGACGAGCCUCCGGUCUUCUCCUCCCCCGUCAGUCGGAUGGUGAUCUCUGAGGAAGCUGCAGUGGGAACUGAUGUGGGAUCAGUUUCUGCUCACGACCCCGACGCCACCAACAGCCCUGUGAGGUACUCUAUAGACAGGAAGUCAGAUGUGGAGCGUUACUUUAACAUUGACAGCAGUUCAGGUGUGAUCACAACAGCCAGGCGUCUGGACAGAGAGAUCAUCGCUCUGCACAACAUCAGCGUCCUCGCCACAGACAGCUUGGAUUGGUCCCAGGUGGGGAAAGCUGUGGUUCUGGUCUCUGUGACGGACGUUAACGAUAACGCUCCGAGCUUUGCCAUCGAGUACGAAACAUUCGUCUGUGAGAACACACAACCUGGACAGAUUAUUGAGACCCUGAGCGCCGUGGAUCGCGAUGAACCAGAGAACGGACAUCACUUCCUGUUCUCUCUGACCGCCGAGGCUUCUGGGAACCUCAACUUCACCCUGAGAGAUAAUAAAGACAAUACUGCGUCCGUCCUGACUCGGCGUGGUGGUUUCCUGCAGCGGGAUCAGCUGGUUCACUUUCUGCAAGUGGUGAUUUCAGAUGGCAGCAGUCCAUCUCUCAGCAGCACCAACACACUGUCCAUUACCGUCUGCGACUGCGACGUCGACGGAAGCCGCCGCUCCUGCAGCCGAGGAGCGUCCUUGCUGCUGGUGGUCAGCCUCAGCACCACUGCCACUGCCGCAGUCCUCACCUGCGCCCUCAUACUGCUGGGUGUCGUCAUGGUAACAGUUGCUGUCAGACACAGAAGGAGGGAGCCUCUGAUGAUGGAUGAUGAGCGUGACAUUCGUGAGAACAUCGUUCGUUAUGAUGAUGAAGGCGGAGGUGAGGAGGACACUGAGGCCUUCGACAUGUUCGCUCUGAGACACCUAAACAAAACAAACCAAACCCGCCGAGACCCCAACAUCAACGUGCCGGGACUCCUCACCAAAACACCGGAGUACAGGACGGAUAAGAACAGGCUGUUCCAGGAGUUCAUCAGGAACAGACUGCAGGAGGCAGACCUUGACCUGACGGCUCCCCCCUACGACUCUCUGCAGACCUAUGCCUUCGAGGGCAACGGGUCCACCGCAGAGUCACUCAGCUCGUUGAACUCAUUAGACUCGUUAAACUCAUUAGAGUCUGAGCAGAACUACGACUUCCUGAGAGAGUGGGGGCCACGGUUCAGGAAGCUUGCAGACCUCUACGGACACCACGAGGGAGGGGGGGUCGCCUCAUAGUCCUCAAAAUGUAGCGACCACAUAGGACACUACGACAGGUGUGUCAAUAGUCAAGUCAAGUCAGUUUUAUUUACAGCCCAAUAUCGCAAAUCACAAUUUGCCUCAAGGGGCUUCACAAUCUGUACAGCAUACAACACCCUCUGUCCUUAGACGCUCGAUUCGAGAAAAACUCACCAAAAAGACUUUUAACAGGGAAAAAAAUGGAAGAAACCUCAAGAAGAGCAACAGUGGAGGGAUUCUUCUCCCAGGACAGACAGACGUGCAAUAAAUGUCAGGUCUACAGAAUAGAUUCACAGCAGAAAAUCAUAGUAUAUACAAUUGUGAUGUAGAUUGUAAAACAUAAGUGAAGAGGACGGAUCCAGGUGUUGCCCACUAAGUAGGCUCUGAACCACACCACCUCAUCUCCACCACAGAGACCAGGAACGAUGGCAGGCCACACAAACACAGGACAACAGCCUUCACACAGAGAGGAGAAACUAACAAACUCACAGAGCGAGGGAGAGCCAUGACAACAUGCAAACUUUCUGGCAUGAAUCAGGAUCUCUGCAUCAGCCGAGGACAGAAAAGACCUAGUUUUUUAGCUAGUUUAUGUUGCGUAAGAGGAAAAAGGCAAUCUUGGUGAUUUCUUUAAGGUGCUGAUCAAAAGAGAGGGUAGGAUCAGAAUCAGAAUCAGAAUCAGAAUCAGAAACACUUUAUUGAUCCCUGAAGGGAAACUCUUUGUUACAGCAGCUCGUCUUUACGUCAGUGCACACAGGAGAA